AUGGCCACAAGCCCUCUUGUAGGGUUGCUUGGAAAACUGAAUCAUGUAGCGAUUGCUACUCCAGAUUUGAAGAAGAGUUCAGACUUUUAUAAGAAACUAGGAGCAACUGUGAGCGAGGCUGUGCCUCAACCUGAACAUGGCGUUUACACUGUGUUUGUUCAAUUAGAAAACAGCAAGAUUGAACUUCUCCAUCCAUUCGGCGAAAAAUCACCUAUUCAGGCUUUCCUUAAUAAGAACAAAGAUGGUGGCAUGCACCACAUAUGCAUUGAAGUGACUGAUAUUCAUCAGGCUGUCGAGCACGUAAAAAGCAUCGGCAUCAGAACUUUGGGAGAAAAACCCAAAAUAGGAGCUCAUGGCAAGCCUGUAAUGUUCCUUCACCCCAAAGACUGUGGAGGUGUUUUGAUGGAGUUAGAGCAAGUAUAA